CGCUUGGAGCCGAAUUGACAUUGACAAUCAGAGCCAGGACAACCCUAAUUUACCAAAUAAUUAAUGAACUGGGCGAGGGACUCUUAAAACAAACCUCAUCCAUAGCGAACGCCGACCUCCCACUCAUCCACCUCGAACCAUCUGGCCAAAUGGCGAGAAGUUGGGGAAGAACCCUGGGGAAUGUGAGGUCAUUUAUUGGGAAUUCUAUGGGAGGCCUUCGAGGUGGAAGCAACCUCGCGUCUUGGGUCGUUGCCGGAACUCUAGCUUAUUUUCUCUGGGUCAAGCCCUCUCAAGAUCUCAAAAAGGAGCAAGAGGCAAGGGCGGCUCUUGCAGCUUCUGAUCCUCAUCGAUAUGUAGAGAAGCGGAAGCCCAUUCCUGAUCCUCAGGAAACUGGAUUGAUAUACGGCAACAAGAAUAGAACAAAUAAACCUUCUGAAUGAUUUUGCUUGUAAUUUAGUCUUUUUUUUUUUUUUUUUGUUUAUUAUAAUAUAAUUGAAUAUUAACACAUAUGUACUCUUGUAAGUGAGAAUAAAAAAUAGAAGAUCCGACUUAGAAAUUCCCAUUUUAGGGCAUACCUUAGAUGAUCUACCAUCAAGUUCCGGAGCUUUUGAGUGCAUUAUUGAGAUAAUUACUUAAUAUUAUAGUGUUUAUCUGCUGUUCUGUAGAACUUGAUGUACAUAGGGACGCUGUUUAUUGUUUCUUAGCCAGUGUUCUUACUCUUCCUCUGUGCUUUGUAACUGGAAAACUAUAUGAAUGAUUAAGAUUUAUAAUUGAAAUCUA